CACUUGCAGUUCUCUACUAUGGCAGCUGAUACUGUGAAGAGGAGCAUAAAGUUCAAAAUCACCUCAAAGGGAAUACGGCAUGAAUCAGAAGAGAAAUCAUGUGAAAAUAUGAUGGGGAUGGUGAAUAAUGAAUGCAGACAAGGAGUUACUGCAAAUGGAAAAUCUACUUCAGGCAACUCUAAUAAGCGCAAGCCUGGAGUGAUCCUUGAGUGCCGAAGGGAGAAAAAACAGAGGAUGGAGCAAAGCUUCAAGAAGCAAUGUGGAAUCAUAUUGAGAUUAUUGAUGGGGCACCCUCAUGGAUUUGCUUUCAAUCAACCUGUUGAUCCUGUGAAGUUGAAGAUUCCUGAUUACUUUUCCAUAAUCACUAAACCAAUGGAUUUGGGGACGAUAAAAAGUAAACUAGAGGGCAAUAAAUACCUUGAUGUAGAGGAAUUUGCUAGUGAUGUGCGGCUGACAUUUUCCAAUGCAAUGCUGUACAAUCCUCCUGGAAACUUUGUCCAUAACUUUGCAAAGGAAUUGAAUGAUCUCUUCUGUAGUAGAUGGAAAUUACUGGAGACAAAGAUGAAGAGCACGGGCGGAAAUCUUGAACAAUUAUGCAUUUUAGAAGGAACAGAAAAGAAUGGCCAAGAUACAAAGCCGAUUCUAGAAAAGAAAGGCCAAAAUGCAACACUGUCUUGCCUUGAUAAAGCUUCAGUGCGCAUCAGUCUUGUGAACAGAGGGCCACUUUCGUUGGAGGAAAAGAAAAAUUUGAGGAAAGAGCUUGUGAAAAUAUCAAGCGGAAAGAUGACAACUGCGAGAACAAGAAAAAGUGGAUGCCCCGUGCUGGUGAAAACUGUUCAUAAAGAUAAUGGCAAUCGAAGUGCCUUUGCUGCUGCAAAUAGAAAACAACCAUUUGAUUCCCCUGCAGUUGAAUGUACUACAUGUGGUAGUUUGAUGUGCCAUUGCAGCCUUAGAAGGUGUUCUGUCAAGCCAUCUUCCAGUGAAAGAUCAUCUCAUCGUGAUCUUUGUGGUGAAUCUAAAACUGAUCGUGGGGUUAAAGAUGUCGUGCCAUCUCAUACAAGAGGAUUAAAGCAGGAUUCUGAUGGGCAUGAGAGAGUUUUAGACGAAGACAACUUUCAGCAAAGUGGUUCUUCCCCAGCUUCAGCUGCUGCCAUUGAUGAAGGAUGGACUUCGCUUGUUCAUAUGUCGCCAAACAAGGCUCUGCGAGCUGCAAUGCUAAAAAGCCGCUUUUCAGAUACUAUCUUCAGAGCUAAACAUCAGAAUCUCUUGGAUCAUCACAAUAAGAUUAAUCCUGUGAAUAGACUGAAAGAAAGGGAAAGACUGGAAAGGCAGCAGCGUGAAGAUAAGGCUAAGAUUGAAGCAGAAAUUAGAGCUGCUGAAGCAGCCUCGCGAAUGAGGGUAGAGGCGGAUUUGAAUAUGCAGCAUAAGAGGGCAAGAGAAGCCGCGAGAAUUGCAAUAGAAAAGAUGGUUAAAACUGUCGAUAUUGAUGAGAAUCGAGAGGUUCUCGAGGACCUUGAAGCGAUAAUGGGAGCCAUCAGUGGUGGUAACUUGAGAAACCCUUUGGAGAAGCUUGGGCUAUACUUAAAGGACGAUUAUGUGGAGGAAGAAGAUGAAGCGGCAAUUUUGCAAGGAGAAGAGGGAGAAAUUCUUCCAUAGCCCUACCUGCCCCUUCAUAGUUUUCCUUCCUUCCCUUGCAUAGAUUGGGAGUGAAGGUGUUAAAUGUAAAUUAGUAUUCUUUUUGUGAGCUGGUAGGGAACGUAAGGCGAGAUCUCUAAUUAGUCAAACAAACAUUGUAAGUACAACUUGUGCAUAAAUUUUGGUGGAUGCAGUCAAAGAAAGAUAUAAAGUACUUGUGAAUAAUUUUACGUGUAUGCAGUUACAUGGUCGUAUUUAGGAUGUCCUGUAAAUGCAUAUCAUAAAAACUCAGAAUGCAGCAAUCGUUAUGAUUUCUAGAAGUUAACUUCUAAAAUUUUUGUACGUACUUGUACUAAGGUGCUACAAAUUGUUAGAUUUAUCAAGUUGUAUAUGGUUUUUUAAUGUUAA